GGCCAGGUAAACCCAUCGGCAACUAGGACUGUCUACCUGUAAACACGUGGAAGAAACAGUAUAACAGAAUUCAUGCUGAAAAUUCACAGAAAGCAGAUAAUCACUGUUGAGAGUAAAGACUAAAGAUGAUCAUUGUAUCACAUAAGUUUCAUAACGAUCCGCUACUUUUGUAUUGACAUACGUAUAGCAUAAUGAUAGUAAUAAUUGCAAUACCUCAGAAAUAGUGGAGUGAAAUGGCAGAAAAGGCGAUUUCUUUCUAUGAAGGACAGAUAUUGGUUCGCGGCAAGGAUCAAACUACAUGUGUACAACACAAAGGCGAGACUUUGGAUUGGUUUUGUGAGACAUGUUAUGACGUCAUAUGUGCCAAAUGUGUGUCCACUUCACACAAAGGUCAUGAUAUUAUCUUACUGAGUGAAGUUACUCCCGACAACAAACGUAGAAUAAAAACAUUCAUAAAUGAAACUGAGCAAAAAGAGCUGAUUGAAAUUCAUCAGGAAAUCAGUGCAACACAGAACAGUCUGAGUGAAGACAUGAAACAUUACGAGAGUGUAGCGGAAGAAGUAAAAAAGGAAGGGGAGAAACUUAAGGAGGAUAUUGAUGUUUUGAUAGCAGAAACACUAGCUCGGUUGAAACAUUUAGAAGAAGAAAAUACUAAACUGCUCACCGGUUACAGUACUGAACUUGAGAAAAAACUAGCAGACCUAAAGGAACAACUAACACACUGUAAGGAAACUCUUCAGACAAGCACAGAUAUCCAGGUGUUUGACCUUUCAAAAGGACUUCAGACAAACAUCACCUUACCUGAAAAACCAAAGUUAGGUUCUGCCAACUUCACCCCAAACAACAGAAGGAAUACAAUCUUGAAGGAGGCAUUUGGAAAGGUUUCCCUGAGACCAUCGGAACAGUUUCAGUCCUCUACCGGCCUUGACCAAUCAAAUGAAACAUCAGUUUAUGAUAACCCGCUACCUUCCGGACAUCAACAAUCAGUUAAAGGGAACACAGACACAGGUCAAGGCCCGGAAAAGGUCCUUCUUCCUCAGACUGAGAUUAUAUCAGAAUGGAAAUCUCCAUGUCGAAUAAAUGCUUUGUGUCCCAAAAGUGGUGGUGGCGUGUGGACAAGUUACGGGUACAAAGUGACCCACCUAAACAGCCAAGGAGAGAUACAGCAGGAGAUACAAAGUCCUGUCGACAUCAAAGAUAUCACUUUAUCCCCUACUACACACAACCUAUGGGCAUGUUCUACUGCCGAUAACAGUGUCAUGGAGCUGACCUCAGGUAAACUGACCCGCAGAUUCGAAACAAAGAAUGAACCCCGAUGUCUGUGUGUUACAAGAGAUGAACGUAUCCUUGUGGGAACAAAACAUAGAAUUACCGAGUACACUCCGAGAGGAAAUCCCGGUAUCGGCACCAAAACAUCAUUGUUCAAGAAACCGAUCGUGCGUUCACCACAGAGUAUAUCACAAUGUCCAAUCAAUGACAAUGUCGCUGUCGUUGAUACAGAUCAGAAAGGAGAUGGUGGUAAGGACAAAGAUGCAGUCAUUGUGCUGGACAGACAACUACAGCAGUUAUACAGGUAUAGAGAAUCCCAACAUUACAGGAGAUCUAUGUCUCUAACUCUUCCCCGUGCUGUAACAUACGACAGUCACGGACACCUGGUGGUUGCUGAAUUUGCCAACAGAUGCUUACAUCUCCUGAGUGGCGAUGGGCAAUACCUAAGAGUGCUGCAUACUGACAUAGAACGUCCCCGGACUGUAUGCGUAGACACGGAGGGAGUGCUGUGGGCUGUGUUUGGCAGAGUAUUCUCUGAUCAUAAUGUGAAACGUCUACAGUACACAAGUGUUUGAAUCAGACUAUAUUUGUUAUAACUUUUAUGUGUAGUACAUAGGUCAAACAUUACCAACUCGUUAGACACAUUUCAGAAGUGUCGCAUCAAACAAUUAGUUCCUCUAUAUUGGAAAGAAUUAUUAUAAUUAUCCUGCAAAUACUGUCUUUAAUGAUGUGAUAGCUUGCAUUAACACUUCCCAACGAAAGUCAAUCAAAAAAGGUUUUGUGAUGAUUUUUAAUGAAAAGAUAAAUAAUAACAAUCUAUGACCUUACCAUUUUAGUUUUGAGAUGUAUAAGUAUGUACAUAUAUUGGUAAUCAAUCGAUUGGAUAAAUCAGUUAUAAUAACUUGGUAUCAAUUUAAUCCAUUCUCUCCUUUUAUCGAAUUCCAUCUGUUUCAAAGUAUUAUUAAAACCAUGUAAAUCGUCAAUCAAUAUUGUUGUAUUUCCCACAUUCCCAAAGGGCAAUUGAACCUAUGCUAUGCCAUGACGCAGAGUCUUUCGUCACUAAACAUUUUCUUUGAACCAUCUUUUUCUAAAUAACGGAAAGGCCUUGGGUAAGGAUAUUUCACUGGUAGUUUCUCGGGAUAAGCAAAGUUUGUGAAAAAAUUACUUCGACCUACUUUCAGGGUCACAGGGGUCAAAAUGUCAAAACAUGCAUACAGUCAUAAAAGUAGGCUGGUAGCUAUUUUAUAUUAUAAGACUCGUUCAUGUCCAGGGGUGUAGGAUAGGGAAAUUCCACCAAAGGGGUUUACAGGUAAAAACCGAGGCUUCCAUUUUGAAAAUAUCGACUUUAUCAGCGAAACUGAGCAUACACAUUAGCAAACAGAGU